CGAGGACGCUGACGCAGAGCAGCGGAGGAGAUGAUGAUGAUGAGGAUGAUGGUCGGCACCGCUGGCUCUGAGCAUGCCCUCCGCCUCCCUACCCGCCCGUACCGCUCCAAAUAUACGCGUCCGCAGAGUUGUAUCGCUCGCAAUUAAACCCACGGAUAUUAAAUAAGACGAAAUGCCAGGAUUUAUAGACUGUGCGGAAGCUCGCACCGCGACAUCUGGCUCUCGCUGAGGAAAGACGCGGCGUCGUGUCGUCGUCCGGGGCCGUCCUGGAGAUGGACUGGGGGACUGCGGAACCCGGGGACGACGGGAGCGAGGCAGCGGCCGCCGGCUCCUGUCUGCAGCUUGACUUCGAGGACACCGAUUCAACCAAGAAGAGUCAAAUAACUGAGAUGCCGUCCCCAUUUGGCCCCCCUCAUGAAAAGAAAAUUGGUCACAGGAGGGUAGAUGCCUCUGGAGAGACAUCAUACAAGAAGACCUCCUCCUCUGCCUUGAAAGGGGCCAUCCAGUUGGGUAUUGGAUAUACUGUUGGCAACCUCAGCUCCAAGCCUGAGCGAGAUGUGCUUAUGCAGGACUUCUACGUGGUUGAAAGCAUCUUCUUCCCCAGUGAAGGCAGUAAUCUCACACCAGCCCACCACUUCCCAGACUUCAGGUUCAAAACCUACGCCCCCGUGGCGUUCCGCUACUUCAGGGAGCUGUUUGGGAUCCGACCAGAUGACUACUUGUAUUCUCUGUGUAACGAGCCACUGAUCGAGCUGUCAAACCCAGGCGCCAGCGGCUCCAUAUUCUACGUAACUCGCGAUGACGAGUUCAUUAUCAAAACUGUUCAGCACAAAGAGGCUGAGUUUCUACAGAAACUGCUCCCUGGAUACUACAUGAACUUGAACCAGAACCCGAGGACGUUGCUGCCCAAGUUCUUCGGUCUCUACUGUGUCCAGUGCGGGGGCAAGAACAUCCGACUUAUUGUGAUGAACAAUAUCUUACCACGCUCUGUGCGCAUGCACCUCAAGUUUGACCUGAAGGGCUCCACAUACAAGAGACGGGCGUCCAAGAAGGAAAGAGAGAAGUCAAAGCCCACUUUUAAAGACCUGGACUUUCUGAGUGAUGUCCCUGAAGGCCUCACGAUGGACCAUGAUACGUACAGCGCUCUCGUCAAAACACUUCAAAGAGACUGCCUGGUUCUGGAGAGUUUUAAGAUUAUGGACUACAGUUUGCUGCUGGGGGUCCAUAAUAAAACCCAGGCAGAGAGAGAGAAUCAGUCCCAGGGUUCGCCUGCAGGAGGCGGAGAUGAGAAGAAGCCUGCAGGGCAGAGGGCCUUGUAUUCCACUGCCAUGGAGUCGAUACAGGGAGGCUCGACGUGCAGGGACACUCUGGACCACGAUGACACUAUGGGAGGUAUUCCUGCUGUGAGUGGUAAAGGAGAGCGCCUUCUGCUGUUCAUUGGCAUCAUUGACAUUCUGCAGUCAUACAGAAUGAUCAAGAAACUGGAGCACUCUUGGAAGUCCCUCAUCCAUGACGGGGACACCGUGUCCGUUCACAGACCCGGUUUCUAUGCUGAAAGGUUCUACAAAUUCUGCAGCACAGUCGUCUUCAAGAAGAGCUGCUCUUUGCGAUCGUCUCCAUCUAAGAAAGGACGAGGAGCGCUCUCUGCGUCCAAGUCCGGUGCUGGAGCCGGUUCAGCUGGGAAGCGUCCUUCAAUGACCGAUGAAAGGCAGGAGAACUUGGACAACCUGGAGAACCUAAGAGGAGCUCGCAGCUUCCCCGUGCUGGAGGACAAUGGGAAAGAGCCACCCUGCACUCCUCCAUCAUUUGAAGAUGCUACUACAGCAUCUAUUGCUACCACUCUGUCAUCCAACAACUCUCUGCCCACCACCCCGUUUGAUACACCAGAGCACCCACGCUACAGGAGACAAACGUAUUCACCGAACACGGCCAGGGCGCAAAAAGAGGUUGUUGAAAUUCACGGUGAAAGACAAGAGACCAUAACAGUGGAGGUGGAGCUCAGUAAAAUCCCAAAAAGCACGGAGCUCACGCAGAUGACAGGAAGCACCUCACCCAGCCAUCUGUCCCCCGAUCGUCAGCUUCAUGUCAAUUCUUCCUCCUCUGCAUAUUCCUCCUCUACUCUUCCUCCCUCCUUUGUGUCCACCUCAGCAGCUCAGUCCGUUAGACAGUCAUCCUCUACCCUUUCUUCCUCCAUCCGUCCAUCCACCAAACCACUCACCUCUCCCACAGCUGCUCAGUCUCUCACUCCUCCUUCUCCUGUCUCCAAUUCAGCUGCACCAUCCACACUUCUGACUUCCACUCCAAACUCCUCCCCUCUCCUUCCUGCCUCAGCAUUUACUCCCAUCCGCCCCGCAUCUCCCCACUCCUCUGCCCAGAGCUCCUCUCAUCAUCUCCCCUCAACACCUCCCUCCUCUGUCCCUCCAAGCCCCCAGGUGCCUCGGCAGGCACUGCGUACAUCGUGCAAUCAGCUGUCAGUGUCCAGCAGCCACAACUCCUUGGACGGGGAGGUGCAGGUUUCCGACAUAUACUUUUAUGCAGAUGGCAGAUAUUGGGUGUACUCUCCGGUUCUUGGCCGUCGUAAGCUAAACUCUAGCUCAAGUUACAAUCAGACUCAGGAGGAUCGGGGCUGGGUGUACUCUCCUCUGCACUGCAGCUCAGAGUCCAGAAGGGGCUCAGAUGGGGAAAGUGAGACAUAAGUCACAGUGGUUGGAGUUGGAGCCAGAGGCCGUCUCAAUAUACAAAAGCUGUGAGGUUUUAAUAAUAAAACCACCAGGACACUAUGAAGAUUUAAUGCUGGCUGCCUGAGCUGCAUGAGCGGAGCUUGCUUUGCCAGCAGCAAACAAAAAGGAAUGAACUUUGGGACAAAGCAUUCAGGUAUAAGAGUUCAACCAUACUUUUACCCAGAUACAUUCAAAUGAAUGUACAGACAUAAUUGUCCAAAUAUUACAUAAAAGUAUUAGAAUGCAUCGGUUCUGGACAAUCUGCCUGAGGUCAAGCAGAGAAACAAAACAAUCAGCUGAGUGACACUGUGAAUGGCUUUGGAAACCGUUUAAUUUUAAAUUCUAGUCCAGAUCCCAAAGUUUCCAAAGAUACAGAAAACACUUUCUGCCUCUUCUUCGGAUUCGGGUCUCCAUGCCAGCAAGCCAAGCAAGGUAAUCCAGACGUUCCUCUCGCCAGCUCUGGCUAUGCAAUAUGGACGUACAAUGAUUUAACUACUUCACACUUCCUUCAUGCAUUUAGUUUUCAUUAGGGGCAUGUCACAGCUGUGUACCAUAUUAUUUUUAGCACUUUAUCAAUGUAUAUGUGGCUAAGGUCUGAGACUCUACGUUUUUUUGUUAUCUCUUUAUCAGUUGUUGGUUGAAAACACACUCAGACACAGUUAAUAUUGUUUGUGUUCUGUUUCCUCCAGUGGUGUGAGGUGGUCCACCUAACAAGCUUUGGAAUUGCCUUACUAACACAUUAUUGUUACAAUUUUUGAUAUUUUCUGGUUACGUGUAAUCAUUGGAGAAAAAAAAAAACAAUGCAAUAUAGGAAAUGCAAAAAAAAAAAAAAUGUAU